AUGGAGCUACUACCGGAAGGCCAAAAGAACUCUGUUACCGUUGCAUACGAGGAUCAGCAACGCAUCAAUGAAUUUUCCAAACUAAUCAUGAGGAAAGAUGCCAUAGAUCAAGAGUUGACACAGCAAAGAACCGAGAAAGAGUACCUUGACGACGUGUCAUUGGAAAUCGAGCUUAUAGACGAGGAUGAAAAGGUGCAAUACAAGGUUGGCGAUGUAUUUGUGUACCUAAAGCAAAAAGAAGUAGUAGACAAACUUACGAAGGAUGCAUCGCGCAUUGACGAGGCUAUAGAGAAGCUGGAGAACGAUGAGGCCGAGUUGAGCUCCAGAAUAAAAGAUUUGAAGAGCAUUUUGUACGCCAAAUUCGGCGACAACAUCAACCUAGAGCGCUAA